AUGAAACACAUCAAUCUGUCAUUUGCAGCUUGUGGUUUUCUGGGUAUUUACCACUUGGGGGCAGCAGCUGCUUUUUACAAGCAUGGUAAGAAGUUACUGAAAGAUGUGAAAGCUUUUGCGGGAGCUUCUGCCGGAUCACUGGCUGCCACUGUCUUAUUAGCAGUACCAGAAAAUAUAGAGCAAAGUAAGCAGUUUGCCUAUGGAUUUGCAGAGGAAGUUAGAAAAUUGGACUUCGGUGCUGUAACGCCUGGUUAUGAUUUUAUGAAGACACUUAGGGAAGGCAUAGAGUCUAUUCUUCCUCCUAAUGUUCAUGAGAUAGCUGAGAACCGGCUUUACGUGUCAGUCACUAAUACCAGAAACGGGGAAAAUCACUUGGUUUCAAAUUUUGCCUCCAGGGAGGACCUCAUUAAGGUUCUGCUAGCAAGUAGUUUUGUACCAGUAUAUGCAGGAAUUAAGCCAGUGGAAUAUAAAGGAGAGAAUUGGGUCGAUGGUGGCAUUACCAAUGGCCUUCCUAUAUUGCCUUUUGGAAGAACUGUGACAAUUUCUCCUUUCAGUGGUCGUUUAGAUAUCUGUCCACAAGAUAAAGGACGUGUGGAUCUUUAUAUUAAAUAUGCAAAACAAGAUAUAAUGCUGUCUCUGGCCAACCUAGUAAGACUUAAUCAAGCUUUUUUCCCACCAAACCAGGAGAAAAUGGAAUCGUUGUACCAAAAUGGAUUUGAUGAUGCUGUUCAUUUUUUAAUGAAAGAAAACUGGUUUGAGUAGAUGGAAUGCAGAAAAUUAACAAAACCUGAUGGCUGUCAAAACAGUUCCUACAGAACCUCAGGGAUUGCUGUCCCAAAUCCCGUUUGUGAAAAUAAAAAAUCACAAUGGCACUGCUUCUGAUUCUGCUGAGAAAGUAUCAGUUGCAUUCCAAAGAUCUGUGUAAACGUGUCAGAACGGGGAAUUGUACUUGCCUGGUAGUUGUCUUGUUUUGAAGAGAUUCAAGCUUGGAUCCAUUUUGCUUCAUCUGAGGACUUGAGUGUGGGA